AUGAGAGUUUUAAACUUUAGGAGAUUACUAUCAUCUCUAAUAACUAAGAUGCAUGGAGUUAUAUAUUCACUGCUCUGCUCUCUUCUUCCUUUAACUGAGCUUGAAGCUAUCUUCCUUUGGCUUCGUUUCGCUGCUGCUUCGAAUUCUUCAUCCAUGUCCAUAUCGAGGACUCGAAGUCUCCUCUCACACGCAGUACCAGCAUCUCCACCCAAACCCAAUGCAUCACCUCGCCGUCUCUCCUCCACCGCCGAUCCCCGGCAACUCCCCUCCACCGGAGACCAAACCAAAUCCCACAAGACUCUCUCAGCUCUGUUCUCCUCCCCUUCUAUAAAGACUCCUCCGAUUGACGAUGAUUCCCCACACUUUAUCCCCCAAAAGUCCGGCCUUGGCCGACGCUCCAGCUCUUCCAAUUCCAUCCAGUUCACCCAGAUGAUCACCAAGCUCUGCCGCUCGGGCCGCACCAACGAAGCUUGGGACCUCCUCCACGCCGAGACGAGCUCCGCUAACUCCUUCGAAGCCCCGGCCUUCAACGCCCUCCUCACUGGCCUCGCCAAGGACCGUGAUUUCCAAAGAAUGAAUCUUUUGUUCUCUGAGAUGAAGGACAUGGGCGUCAAGCCCACUGUUGUGACCUAUGGUAUUCUAAUCAACCACCUUGUGAAAUCCCGGCGUGUUGAUGAUGCACUUCAGGUGUUCGACGCAAUGUCUCAAAGAGAUUCAGAGGUCCCCCCAGAUGUCAUCACCUUCAACACUCUCAUUGAUGGACUCUGUAAAACUGGCAGACUUGAACAAGCAAUUCAGUUACUUAUUAAGAUGAGCACGGACCAUGGGUGUGCGCCCAAUACUGUCACGUUUAAUACUUUGAUUGAUUGGUGUUGCAAAGCCGGAGAGAUUGAGAAGGCACAUGAAUUGCUAGGACAAAUGGAGAAGGAAAAGAUUGCUCCAAAUGUAGUGACACUUAAUACUCUUAUAUGCGGGAUGUGCAGGCAUGGGAGGAUUAGCAGUGCGCUCGACUUCUUUCAUUGUAAGAGAGUUUUGUGGCCUGGAGUGGGAGGAAAUGUGGUUACUUACAGCACUUUGAUCGGCGCUUUCCUUCAUUCAAACAAUGUGGCCAAGGCCAUGGAGUUGUUCGAUGAAAUGAUGCAGGAGGGGCACUCGCCGGAUGCUAUUGCUUAUUUUACAUUGAUAUCUGGGUUGGUGCAAGUGGGCAGGUUGGAUGAUGCAUACUCUGUGGCUUGCUCAAUGCGUAGAAAUGGUUUCAAACUUGAUACAAAGAGUUAUAAUAUAUUGAUCAAUGGGUUUUGCAAGAAGAAGAAACUGGAUAAGGCCUGUGAGUUGGUUGAAGAAAUGGAGAAGGCUAGGCUUAAGCUGGAUGUGGUCACGUUUAACACUCUGAUUGCUGCUUCAUGCAAGGCCGAGGAUUUUUCGACUGCAUAUAAGUUAUUGAACAGGAUGGUCAGUGGUGGUUGUCGACCUUCAGUGAUUACUUAUGGUACACUGAUCAAUGGUUUCUGCAAAGCAGGUAAUCUUGAUGAGGCUUUAAAGAUUUUUCGCGAAAUGGAUGCUUCUGGCAUUGAAUUGAACACUGUGAUUUACAACACACUAAUUGGUUCACUCUGUGACAAUAAGGAAGUUGAGAAGGCUAUGUUUUUCAUGAACAAGAUGCGAGACAGGGGUGUGCCUGUGAACAUCACCACAUAUAAUGCCAUCUUUAAAGGCUUGCAGGGUAAAAAUAUGCUAGAUGAAGCGUUGAAGAUGAUGGAUCAAAUGAAAGAGGAAGGUUGUCAUCCAGAUUUCAUCACAAUGGAGAUCCUCACUGAGUGGCUAUCAGUUGUCGGAGAAUUAGACAGAUUGAGAAGCUUUUGUGCGAGGAAAGAGACCAUUAUUUCAGAAACAUAGUGUUCCAAUGUGAUACAUUAAUAAAUCAUGCCCCUUAAGGCACAAUGCAGAAACAACCGAAUGAGUUUCCCUUCUGAUUGAGGUGUAUGUUCUUGGGGAGCAAUAUGGACUUUUGAUCAUGUGAUCACUGACUAGGUCAGAUCUCCUGGGCAUGUUUUGCUGGAGGCAAGAACGGCUCAGUUGCCAAUGAAUAGGAAAUCACUUCAUACAAAAUGAUCAUAAGAUGGAAAGCUACCUGAGUAUAUUGCGAGUUUAAGAAUUUGAGCUGCUGUUGUUUUAUUACCACUAUGUUUUUCCAUAGCCUGCCAAAUCAGUAAACCAAUCUGAUAACAUUGUGGGUAGAUGCUGAAUUUCAGUGACUCACAGCAGUUCUGCAGUUGCUAUGGCCAAUGUUGUUAAGGGCGCAAGGUGCACCUGAGGCGCGCCUUAUUAAAGGUGCACACACAUAAAGAAUAUAUAUAUAUAUGGUAUAUGAUAGAUAAAUAGAAAGCUUAAAGCUUUAAUCUCUAAUAUUAAUAAACUUGUCUUAUCUUAAAAUC